GGGUAUCGGUGGAGAGGAGCCAAACCCGCCACAACUUCCACAGACAAUCAAAAGAAAGAGGAUAAAUUCGCAUCACGUGCCACAAACAGAUGCACGUGCUUACCUCCAUUUUCGUCUCUCUCAAGUUUUGUUUUCUUUCUAUCUAUGAUCUGCUGCCCUUUUGAUCUUUCCACUUUCAAUAUAUAUAUAUAUAUAAAUAUAAAACCUAAACACAGAGAGAAGUUUUUGAAUCACAGAGAAUCUUAGAAAACUCGCUCAAAAAUUCAAACUUCAAAUUUCGUGGCAGGCUCAGAACCAAGGAAUAUUUAUUAAAUGAAAAAAUGUCUUCUCCAAGCAAGAGAAGAGAUAUGGAUGUCAUGAAAUUGAUGAUGAGUGACUACACCGUGGAGCCAAUCAAUGAUGGGAUUAAUGAAUUCAAUGUGGAAUUCCAUGGGCCAAAAGAAAGCCUUUAUGAAGGUGGUGUUUGGAAAAUCCAUGUGGAGCUACCAGAUGCUUACCCAUACAAAUCUCCUUCCAUAGGGUUUCUGAAUAAAAUAUUUCACCCUAAUGUUGAUGAGAUGUCUGGUUCUGUAUGCUUGGAUGUCAUCAACCAAUCAUGGAGUCCAAUGUUUGAUCUUUUAAAUAUAUUUGAGGUUUUCCUUCCACAGCUGCUGCUUUAUCCAAACCCUUCAGACCCACUUAAUGGUGACGCAGCAUCCCUGAUGAUGAAAGAUAAGAAACAGUAUGAAGAGAAAGUGAAGGAGUACUGUGAACGGUAUGCAAAAAAGGAAAAUAUCAGCAAUACUCUCUCAGAAGAGAGCAACGAAGACAUCAGUGAAGAGGAUGUUAGUGAUGGAGAAAGAACAUCAAGUGAUGACAAUGUUGCUGGUGAUGCAGAUCCCUGAUUAUGGUCCUUCGAAUUUAAUUUAGGCAGUCUCUUUCACAAUUUCCUGUCCAUUUCAUUACCAUUUAGUUACUAGUUGGCGAUUUAUUCAAUUGCUUGUAAAUUGGUGAAGAUUAGGUAGAGACCAAAUAAUGAUACUUCCAUGUAUAACAAAGUGCACUUUAGCAAGGACAUCAAGUGUAGUUAAAAUUUGAAACAAGGAAAUCAAUAAAUAGUGGAGAUUUUAUAUUUA